AUGAUUAGAAGAAGUGCCUCGAAGGUAAACGGGCUAGUAGUCAAGCAAUCGCUCAGAUCUGCUAGCACAGCCUAUUCCCCAAUGAGUCGAGUGAUGAAAGAGUGGAUACCUGCAACCAAAAAUGGUGAGCAUGCGGAUUUGCCAUUGAACCCAAUACAACUUCAGCAGGAUAUCCGCAUGAUGACUGAAGGGUUGAGAUUGUCUAGAGAAUUGGAGCGUAAUGGCUGGUUAAUGAAACUGGAAGAAAUAGAAGUGGAUGAGAAGAAGGAUGACGAUAAGAAGGGCAAUAUCAAGAAUGAUGAAAUCAAGGAAGACGAGAUCAAGGAAGAUGAGAUCAAGGAAGACCAAAUCAAGGAAGACCAAGUCAAGGAAGAUGAAGUCAAGAGAGAUGAUCUGGUUCCUACAGUAGGCUCUGUAGGAACGGGAUCUGUGAAUAACGGAAAGGGUAGUGCUGGUGAUGACGGCAAUUCACCAGUGCCACCACCACCUCCACCAUCUGUGCCUAAAUCGUUUCCACCCUUGCUUGCCAUCCCCAUGAGAGACCGUCCUCCUGUUCCAGGUACCAUCUUCGCCAUCAAUGUUGAAGAUAGGGAAGUUAUCAAGGCUAUAGAUGCCAUGAUCGAGAAUAAGCAUCCACACUUUCUUCUCUUCCAUUCUAAGGACUCCGAUGUCAACUCCGAUGUAAUCCAGGAUGAAAACUCGGUACACCAGAUCGGUGUUCACUGUGUGUUGAGUAAGAUUACUAAACCCGAGGAAAGAAAGGACGACGACAACGCUUCUUUAAUAGUUGCAUAUGCACAAUCAAGAUGUAAGUUAGAAGAGUUGACACUUCCAGGAUCCAAGAACAAAUCAACGACGCCGUCUAGUACCGUCGAGUCAGAGCAAUCAUCUGGAGACUCGUCCUUGAAUGAAAACUCAUCUUCUAACGUCGACUUCCCCACUGCUUAUCUUUCUAACUUCAAAGUUUCAUAUGCCACUACGAAGUUUGUUGCACACGAACCAUAUGAAAAGAACUCGGAGGUUAUUUCUCAGUUGGUUUCGGAAAUUAAACGUACGGCAGUAGGGCUAACUGCAAACAAUGAGGUUGCUCGUGAUCAACUUAUAAGAGCAGAUAAAUUUGAACCUCAUGAUUUUGCUGAUUAUGUUGCAUCCCUUCUGUUGGCUUCCGCAGACCAGAUUCAAGCAAUUUUGGAAGCUGUCAAUGUCCAGGAAAGAUUAGAAAUGGUAUUAGAUCUUAUUCAGAUUGAAGAUGAUUUGAAGAGAGUUAAAAACAAGACAACUGAAAACAUGAGAAGGGCUACUUUUGAAAAUCAGAAUAAAGCAUUCUUCAAAGAAUUUAUUAGUCAGUUCCAAAAGGUUGCUGGAUUAAAUGAAAAGGGCGAAGGAAAUGAUAAAAUUAGUAAAUAUAUGGAAAAAUUGAAGGGGAAAACAUUAACUACUGAAGCUCAAGAAGCUUUUGACUAUGAAUUAGAUAAGCUUAAGGGUCAGCAUGAAAACCUGAGUGAGUCAUUUGUGAUUGAAAAAUAUUUGGACUGGUUAGUAAGUGUUCCAUGGGGAGUUUAUUCUCGUGACCUUUUUAACUUAAAGAAAGCAAAAUCCACUUUAGAGCAAGAUCAUUACGGAUUGGAAGAUGUCAAGCAGAGAAUUUUAGAAUUUAUUUCCUUGGGAAAAAUUUCCGGUAAUGUUGAUGGUAAGAUUUUAUGUCUCGUGGGGCCACCGGGUACUGGUAAGACAUCUAUCGCCAAAUCUAUUGCCGAAUCUCUUGGAAGAAAGUAUGUUAGAAUCGCAAUGGGUGGUGUCCAAGAUGUACAUGAGUUAAAGGGUCACAGAAGAACGUAUAUUGGAGCAGUUCCUGGUAGAAUUAUUUUAGCUUUGAAACAAGCUCAAACAUCUAAUCCAUUGAUGCUUAUUGAUGAAAUCGAUAAAUUAGACACGACAUCCAGAGGUGGAGGAGGUGCAUCUUCAGCAUUUUUAGAAAUUUUGGACCCUGAACAAAACCACACUUUUAUUGACAAUUAUUUGGAUGUUAAGGUUGAUUUAAGUAAGGUUUUAUUUGUAUGUACUGCCAACUAUUUAGGCAAUAUUGCGCCUCCUUUGAGGGACAGAAUGGAAGUUAUUGAAGUGAACGGAUACACGACAUCUGAAAAGGUGGAAAUCACUAAGAGACAUUUGAUCCCGCAAGCAGCAAAGAAGGCUGGCUUGGAAGGAGGAAAAGUUGAAAUUCCAGAUAAAACCAUCAUUCAAUUAAUCGAAAGGUAUUGUAGAGAAAGUGGAUUAAGAAAUACUAAGAAGCAUAUUGGAAGGAUAUUUAGUAAGGCAGCUUUUAAGAUUGUCGAACAAAUUGAAAAUAAGGAAGCUGAAGCAGCUACCGCCCUUGCUGAAGCUGAGCCUUUGUCAGAAACUAAAGUUGACGAUGUCAAGGAGGCCAAGGAAGGAAAGGUUGCGAAAGGAAAAAAGAGAGAACUCAAGGAAUCUGACCUGGAGGAAUCUAACUCUGAAAAGAGAAAAUCUUCAGAUUUUGCCGCAAUGAGAGAAGAACUUGAAAAGGAUCUUGAUAUUAGAGAAAACACAGAUGAAUCUGGGGUUGAAGCCGAAGCACUUACCGCAUUGGUGAUUCCAGAUGACAUAAAACUCAAUAUCUCGCCUGAAUUAUUGAAAGAUUACAUUGGGCCUGAAACUUAUCCUAGGGACAGGGUUUAUGAUACACUUCCUGCAGGUGUAGCUACUGGACUUGCAUAUUCCGGAUCUGGAAACGGUGACGCACUUUACAUCGAGUCCAUUUUGACGAACUCUAUCUCUUCCGGAACUGGCCAUCCUGGUAUUAGAGUAACCGGUAGCUUGAAGGAUGUUAUGAAGGAAUCUGCAUCCAUCUCUUAUUCAUUUGCUAAACUGUUCUUGACUAAAAGAUUCCCUAAAAAUAGGUUUUAUGAAGCUGCAGACAUCCAUGUCCAUUGUCCUGACGGAGCAAUUCCAAAAGACGGACCAUCUGCUGGUAUUUCAUUCACGACCUCUCUUGUGUCAUUAGCCCUUAACAAGCCAAUCGCUGGAAAUAUUGCAAUGACUGGUGAGUUAACGGUAACUGGCAGAGUUUUGGCCGUGGGUGGUUUAAGAGAAAAAAUUUUGGGAGCUAAGAGAUACGGUUGUAAUACCAUCAUCUUCCCUAAGGACAUUGAAAAUGUCUUAGAAGAUAUUCCUGAAGAAGUUAAGGAAGGUGUUACGUUUGUACCUGUUGAAUGGUACCACGAAGUCUUUGAAAAAGUAUUCCCAGAUGUUACACAACAGGAAGGUAACUCAGUUUGGGAUGAAGAUUUUGCUGCCUUAGAGAGCAAGAAGAAGAAAGAUAAGAAAUAA